UGGAUUUGAUAGAUAGGGUACUAUGAAAGAUCUUAAGCAAUGCUAAAACGUGUAGUGUAGUACUACCCCCCACCUUAGAGCGUUUGAGACAUUGAUGAAAUCAUUAAAUAGCGCGCCAACAAAACCGAACUGAGAAAAAGAAGACGAAAAAGGACUCUCUGUAUAAACAGAUUUGGAAGAUCUUUCCAUUAAAAAGCUCGCCCUUUUGGCGUUCUUAUCCAAAUAAUCUACAAACCCAUUUCUCUUCAUCUCUUUUUUCAAAUCUCCCACUUCUCAAUUUCCCAUAAAUAUUCCUUCAUUCUCUCCUUUUCAUUUCAACUCCCCCCCUUUUUUUUCCUUUCUGAUUCAGUACAGAGUUAGAUUUGCAUCAUUUCUCUUUAAAUGGGGAGCUUAGAACGGACGAUUCUCGUCACUGGUGGGGCUGGAUUCAUCGGCACCCACACUGUUGUUCAGCUUCUUAAAGAAGGGUUUAGCGUUUCCAUUCUCGACAAUCUUGAUAAUUCGGUUCUUGAAGCCGUUGAUCGGGUUAGGGAAUUGGUCGGCCCGAAACUUUCGCAGAAACUUGAGUUUAAUUUGGGAGACCUGAGAAAGAAGGAGGACAUAGAGAAUUUGUUUUCCAGGACGAGAUUUGAUGCUGUUAUUCAUUUUGCUGGUCUUAAAGCUGUUGGGGAGAGUGUUGCUUUCCCACGUAGAUAUUUCGAUAAUAAUCUUGUUGGAACCAUCAAUCUCUAUGAGGUUAUGGCAAAAUAUGAUUGCAAGAAGAUGGUUUUCUCGUCAUCUGCGACUGUUUAUGGUCAGCCUGAGAAAAUUCCGUGUGUUGAAGAUUUUGAAUUAGUGGCAUUGAAUCCUUAUGGUCGGACGAAGCUUUUCUUGGAAGAGAUUGCUCGAGACAUUCAAAAAGCAGAGCCCGGUUGGGGAAUCAUCUUGUUGAGAUACUUCAACCCUGUUGGGGCUCAUGAGAGUGGUACAAUUGGUGAAGACCCAAAGGGUAUUCCUAACAACCUAAUGCCUUACAUUCAGCAAGUCGCAGUCGGUAGACUACCGGAGCUCAAUGUAUAUGGUCAUGACUAUCCAACAAAAGACGGCAGCGCUGUCCGAGACUAUAUCCAUGUUAUGGACUUAGCCGAUGGACACAUUGCUGCUCUUCGAAAACUUUUUACGAAUGAAGAUAUAGGGUGCACUGCCUACAAUUUGGGGACUGGACAGGGCACAUCCGUGCUAGAAAUGGUUGCAGCAUUUGAGAAGGCCUCGGGCAAGAAAAUCCCUAUAAAACUAUGCCGAAGGAGGCCUGGUGAUGCAACAGCAGUGUAUGCAUCGACAGAGAAAGCCAAGAAAGAACUCGGCUGGACGGCAAAAUAUGGCGUAGAGGAAAUGUGUAGGGACCAAUGGAAGUGGGCAAGCAGCAAUCCAUGGGGAUACCAAAAGAAACCUUAAAAAGUACAUAAUCCUUUCAUACCUAUGCGCAAGUACUCAAUAAGAAACCUUACAAGAAAGAGCUUUUACUUA